UAUCCGAUUCAUCUUCGCGUCAUUUGCGUACAUCGGACAUUAGCCUUCGCACCAGAUUUAUCUCCAAAUCCUCCCUGUUAUUAGCCAGUAUCAGGGACCUGGAGAAAGCAUGGCUCCUCUCUCUUCGUUGCUCGGUGCCGUGCGCAGGUUUGAAGUUGCGGCUGCUCCAUCAUGUCGCAGCCAGAAGUGCGUCCCUCGGGGACCAAAGAAGCCGUGAGCGUUGAGGCACCACCGGCGACAGUCUCCCAAGAUGGCGAUCCGAGAUCGCAGAGGACAAUCCCACAGAAGGUGUACGAUUGCCUUAUAUACGUGCCGCCGAGGUGUCGCUAUGACCCCGAGAAGCCAUUCCAGUUCUCUAUGGCGUUGAACGUGCUCUUUGCUUUCGCCGGUUGCUUCACCGUGGCAAACCUCUACUACACUCAUCCGAUCCUCAAUCUCCUCGCGGACGACUUCCACGUUACCGACGAACAAUCUUCCUACAUACCCACUUUGGCACAGGCUGGAUAUGCCGCCGGACUGCUGUUCUUGUGCCCAUUGGGAGACCUGGUCAAGAGGAGGCCUUUUGUGCUUUGGCUAGUUUGGUUUACUGCAACGUUAUGGAUAGGCCUCUGCGUGACUAAAUCCUUUGCUGCUUUCGGGGUCAUCACCUUUAUUACAAGUGUGACGACUGUGACACCGCAGCUGAUGCUACCACUGGUCGGCGACAUGGCUCCUCCUCAUCGGCGGUCAACGUCUCUCUCCAUUGUUGUAUCAGGAAUGCUUCUGGGCAUGCUGAUCGCUCGUCUCUUGUCCGGGGUCGUUGCUAAAUUCAUCGGCUGGCGCUAUAUAUACUGGAUCUCAUUCGGGUUGCAAUACUUCAUCCUGGUCUUGUUGUAUCUCUUCAUGCCAGAUUAUCCUUCAACGAACCCGGGCGAAAAUAUCUGGAAGAAGUACCCAAUGUUGUUGUGGGAUAUUGUGAAACUCGUGGUCAAGUAUCCUGUAUUAGUCCAAGCAUGUCUUGUUGGGAUGUUCACCGCGACAACCUUCACCAGUUUCUGGACAACCCUCACUUUCCUCCUGGCCGGUUCCCCGUACCAUUACAGUUCCCUGGUCAUCGGUCUUUUUGCCUUGAUCGGAAUCGGCAGCAUGACUUGGGGUCCCAUCUUCGCCAGGACAGUCAUGGAGAAACAUCAACCCCUGUUUUCAGUUAUCAUUGGCGAAGUUAUCUGUCUGAUGGGCGUGGUUGUGGGGACAUAUACCGGCAAAUUUACGGUCGCUGGUCCCGUCAUUCAGGCCGUUGGGAUCGAUAUCGGUCUGCAGACCAGCCAGAUCGCCAACCGGACCGCCAUCUAUAAAGUCGCGCCCAAAGCGAGGAACCGGGUCAAUACAGCUUAUAUGGUCAGCGUUUUCGUGGGGCAGCUGAUCGGUACCGCUGUUGGGAAUUCGCUCUAUGCGGAUGGCGGUUGGAUUUCCUCAGGGUCGGCAAGCGUCGGCUUUGUUUCUGCAGCGUUGGUCGUGUGCUUCUUGCGCGGUCCGCAUGAGCAAGGAUGGAUAGGAUGGCGAGGUGGAUAUGAUAUGCGCAAAGGAGUGCCGGAGAAACCCCCAAGCAACCCCAAUGACACGGAGGCCGUCCAGGUCCAGGAAUCGCCUCAGCCUUUCAGCGAGGGGAACGCAAAAGUCGGUCAAGCAGAGAAGGAAAUCGAAGUGCAGGUCCACCAUGAGAAUCGCGGAAACGACCACAGUUCGCGUUCCUCGCAACGUACCCUCAGUGAGGAGAUCCAGCCUUACAGGGAGAAAAAUUAGGGUGGCCAGGGCGCAGAUCCUUGGGCGGCAUGGCGUUGAGCCUGUGCAUCGCAAAGUGACUUUGCCUACAGAAUGGUAGAGACACAAAAGGGCCAUGGGGAAUCGCAUCUUGAGAAGCCAUGCGCUUGGCCCCUAGGUCCUGCCAGUGGUCAAAGGUUCAAGCUGCGCUUCAACAGACUGACUUUGGACAAUCGCUCAUUCGAAUGGCAAGUUGCGACUGGAAGAGGCCGUUGUUAUUCUCAGCACACAACGUGUUGCCUCAUGCCGGUUGUAUACUUACAGCGGCAUUCGUGUGGACCGGCAAUUUAUCAGAAAGCAGUCGUGCUUUGAUCCCCUUUGACCGCAGACAUGCAGCAACCAUCCAUGGCCGGUCCUGGUAAGUCGGUGGAAUUUUCCAAACACCAAUGGCACUAUCACCCUGAUGUGAAGACAAUAGGCCGGUUCCACGGAACUCCAUGUCGGAGCCGAAGUCAGCACGAGUCUGGACUACCUCUAUCAUGUUUUCAGGGAUAUAUAGCGGCUUUAUUCUCGAACACCAGGAAAAGGUGCAGGCCGGCAGCAUCAUCACUGCAAGUAGGAGUCCCGCUCCAAGAGGUUUGUGAGCGGCCCAUGAAAUUCUAGAAAUGAGAGGAUGGAUACCCC